AUGAUGCUGCUUGUCCUCGUCCUCGCGUGCUUCGCGCGGGCGGCGCCGACCUCUCUGCGUUGUUACUCCGAGUCCGAGCUAGACGGCUAUUGCCGACGCCGCCACGACGACGAUUGCGAGUUGGGUCACCGUGGUGGUCUUCUUGGGGGCGGGCAAGCGACGACGCCCGGGGAGAUGAACGACGCCACGAUCCGCGAAGCAGUGCAGCUAUGGUUCUCGGAUCGUACCGCUGCCGAGGCGACGUACGGCCAUAUCUCUACGUGGGCGACCGGCGGUGUGACGGACAUGGCGUUCUUGUUUUGUGUGCGACCUGAUUUCACGGAAGAAUUUGCGCUCAUGCCGGAAGACACCUAUGACUUCGCCGUUCCCUUCGCCCCCACUCUGUCGUACUUCAGGGAGCUCUGCGUCUUAUCAUCAUCGUCCUUCAACGAGAACAUCAAGGACGACGCGAGCACGCGCACGCCGAGGCCUACGCGUUCAUCGAGCCCGUCAAGGACAGCCUAUUUCCAGAAACGUUCGAGUACGUGCACAAGGGCCUCGACGGCGUCGCAACGACGACGACUCAGGUCCUCUUCGGUGACCUCAUCGCGGCCGUGGAGGACGAGUCUGCUCGUACCAAGGACUUCAAGCCUGGGACCAACGCGCAGCGGCAUCGUUUCUACCACAUCCAUCAGCACGGCCGGGACAGUUCGAGGCUCACGGACUUGAUCCGCUCGAGCUUCAGGCGCGUGAACGUGAGCGGCGUCGACGACAAAGAGCCGGCUGCCUCGGAGCCGCUCGCCACCGCGCAGCCCGCGGCCCGUCGGCAGUUGACGUGGCGGGCCAGCGCGCCGGGCGACUACGGGACCAUCUGA